GGUGUGCUUAGGUUUUUAGGAGAGACAAUUGGUCGGCCUUAGCGUGGCCUCCUCACCGUAAAGACUAGGCCGCCACAACCAUGGCCACUAUUCAGAGUGGCGUCGCCCGCGCGGCGAGCCGCCCGCAGCCCAAGGUCGCCGCUGGCAGCAUCAGCAGCCUGCGUGUGAAGCCCUUUACCCGCGCCACCCGCAGCGUUCUGGGCGCCGCUCCUCGCCAGAAUGUGGUCCCCCGCGCUGCUGAGCCUGAGGCCGUGGCCACUGAGGCUGACGACUUCACUUUCAGCCUGAGCGAUGCCAAGAAGGGCAACGAGUACACUGCUGGCGACGUGGAGGCUGCUCUGCGCUUCUACUCGGGCGAGGCUUCGGCCGUGGGCGCGACCAAUGACGAGUUUGUGGAGAACGUCUUCGGCAUUGAGGACGCUGACUUCUUCGGCGACCUGGACAACAACGAGGCCUACGAUGACGAGUUCAUUGCUGCUGGUAUUCCCGAGGCUGCCCCCAAGCAGCGUCAGGGGGGCAAGCGCGGCGGCGAGGGCGAGGGUGCUGAGGACAGCGACGACAUUGCCGCUGCCAAGGAGGCUGAGGCGAUGAAGCAGAUCGAGGAGCAGAUGGUUCUGGAGGCUGAGCUGCAGGAGACCGGCCUGGACCAGGAGGAGGAGGGCACCUACAAGGCUGUGGGCCCGGCUGUGUGGGACUGGAUGUCCGAUAUCGCGGCUGAGGACGACGACGAGGAGAUUUCCGCUGUCGCUGCUGGCGGUGCUCGCAGCAUGGCUGCCGAUGUGAUGGCCGCCCUGCCCUCGGACGAGGAGGUCUUCGCCGACCUUCGCAAUGCCAACCUCCAGGAUGUGGACGUGGAGACCCGCGACACCAUCGAGUUCCUGCUUGAGGACUUUGACAUUGAGAAUGAGGUGAAGGCCAUCCCCGACAACGUCGAGGAGGUGUUCAGCGUCCCCGAGUUCGCUGGUCUGGGCGAUGCCGAUGUCGCUCGCAUUGACGCGCUGCUGGGCGAGGACAUUUCGCUGCCCGAGCUGGACCUGUCGGGCCUGGACUUUGCUGACAUUGAGGACGACGGUCUGGAGAUGUCGGAGGAGGCCGUGCAGAAGUACGUGGCCAGCCUGAAGUCGGCGACUGGCGCCGAGCUGUCGGAGGAGCAGAUCAAGGAGAUCUUCGCUGACGAGCCCGUGCAGCUGGUGGACGUGGCCGCCGAGGCCGCCGUGACCAUGGAUGGCGUGGAUCUGACUGAGCCCGCUAUCGAGGCGCUGGCCGAGUCCGAGCUGGUCUUCAACAGCGUUGAGGACAAGCUGGAGGACGUGGACGAUGUGGAGGAGUUCCGCACCGAGCUGCUGGCGCUGCGGGCCAUGCCCGAGGCCAACCUGGAGGCGCCCCCUGAGGAGGAGGUGGAGGUGCUGGACCAGUACCUGUCCGCCAGCGAGCAGUUCAUUGCCGCUGAGGAGGCGCGCAAGGCGCAGCUGGCCGAGAAGGUGAUCAAGGGCGAGCUGUCCGCCGACGUGCUGGAGGAGGAGGAUGGCGAGUACGUGGACCUGGAGAAGGAGCUGCUGAUGCCCGACGACAUGGACGACCUGGUGGACGCCGACGACUUCGACGACGGCGAGAACUGGCAGGAGCGCAUUAUUGAGCUGAGCCGCGUGACCAAGGUCGUCAAGGGUGGCAAGCUGAUGGGCUUCCGCUGCACUGCCAUCAUCGGCAACGGCAACGGUCUGGUCGGCGUGGGCUGCCAGGCUGGCCGCGAGGUGGCCACCGCCGUCAAGCGCGCCCUGGUGGACGCCAAGAAGUCCGUCGUGCGUGUGCCCCUGGUCGGUGCCGGCACCAUCCCCCACCGCGUGGAGGCCAAGUUCAACGCCGCCCGCUGCGUCAUGGUGCCCGCCGCCGACGGUACCGGUGUGCUGGCUGGCUCCUCCAUCCGCUCCGUGCUGGAGCUGGCUGGCGUGCAGAACGUGCUGGCCAAGCGCAUUGGCUGCCGCAGCCUGCUGAACAACGCCCGCUGCGCCGUGGCCGCCCUGGAGCAGCUGCGCACCCUCCAAGAGGUCAGCAAGGCCCGCGGCGUGCCCAUGGACCGCCUGCUGCUGCCCAGCAGCAAGUAAGCGGCCAGCAGCGCUCGCUUGAGUCGUCAUGCUGCGUGUUAAGGAGCAGGCGCUUUUGGCGGCCGGCGGGCAGGACCAGCGACAGCGUGGCGUGGGCUCUAGCUACAGCCGCCGCGGCAGCGCGCGGCUCGGCACGGCAGCAGUUUUUGGCAUUUGACGGAAUGCGUUGGGUAUGGCGAGGCGCGGGCAAGCCGCGGGAUUGGGCGCAGCAGCUACGCGCUCUGUUCCCCGUACAGCUGGCCGGCAGCCCGGACAUGGGUCAUGACUGCAGCGGCAGCCAGAAUGCUGCACUGGGGCUCGGCGGAGGCGGGCACAGCGUGUGCGCGCCGCAGAGCUGUGCCGCUGCAGAAUAGGUUGUGUUUAGAGGAUAUGGACAAGAGGGGCAAGGCAGCGACAAACCCUGGGCGCGGGCAGUCGAGGUUCAGGCGGUCGGACGGAGACAUGCCCGGCUUUAGAGUGCUGGUCUGCGGGGGGAACGAAAACGGAAACCGUUGGCGCGCCAUGCGCGCAUGGAGUAGAGGCGGUGUUGUAGAUCUGGUGUCAGAAUGCUUAAACACUGGGGAUGGGCCUGUGUGGCCGGUUCUUGUGCCAGGAGAGCCUCAGCAAACGCAUCGCGCGUCGUUGAUUGGGAUCAAGGCGGCAGCGGCGGCACGCAGGGUUGCACAUCCCGCAGCACAGUUUUGUUGCAUUAUUCGUAACCGAUGGGCGCGUGUGUAGGGGUGUCGCACACGACUUGCGUGGCUGUAGUCUCCGCCAAUUUUGGUUACUUGCUUGGAGGACGCGGCUUGUAGCAGGUCGCUGGCUGAGGCGCACCCCUCACAUAAAGGGAGAGCGAGAGAGAGGUAGCACCUUGUGUGUAAUGACACGUACGA